AUGUCCCUGGCUCUGAAGCCCGAUGAGGAGAAGAUGUUCGAGGGCCAGCCCCAGGGCUUCCCAUUUGGCGACUUUGACCUGGAGGAUGUGAUGCUGCCCGAGGUGGUGGACGGCGUGCCCAAGGUGUCCCAGGAAAAGUACCAGAAGCUGACCAGCAUCCUGACCAAGAUCCUGAGCGGCCCCGGCCACAUCCGCGAGAACGGGCUGUGGCACCCCGUGGACGAGGCCACCGGCCUGUCCAAGGGCUGCGUGUUCGUGGAGUACGAGACCCCCGACCAGGCCCGCGCCGCGCAGGCCGCGCUGCACGGCUACGCGCUGGACAAGGCGCACAAGUUCUCCGCCACGCUGUACGACGAGGCGGAGCGGCUGGCUGCCGUGCCCGACGAGUACGUGGCCCCCGAGCCGCGCGACGCCCCGCCCCCCGAGAACCAGUGGUCCUGGCUGUCGGACCGGCGCGGGCGCGACCAGUUUGUGGCUCGCUUCGGGGACGAGACCGAGAUCUACUGGAACGACGUGGCCAAGCAGCAGCCGGAGGACGUGUACAAACGCUCCACCUGGACCGAGCUGUUCGUGCUGUGGACGCCGCGCGGCUCGGCGCUGGCCACGCUGCACCGCCAGGGGGUGGCGCUGUGGGGCGGCGACUCCUUCGGCCGCCUCAUGCGCUUCAGCCACCAGCUGGUCCAGCGCGUGGCCUUCUCCGCCGACGAGCGCUACGCCUACACCUUCUCGGAGGUGCCGCCGGCGGGGCCGCGCGACCCGCUCCGCUUCCUGCUCAUCGUCUGGGACGUGCGGUCGGGGCGCAAGCUGCGCGUGUUCGAGGGGCCGCAGGCCGAGUUCGCCGUCGGCGCCGCCGCGCGCCCCGACGGCGGCCUGGCCUGGGAUGCGUUCCGCUGGUCGGGGGGCGCCGCGCCCGGCGCGCCCUCCUUCCUGGCCCACCUGAAGAAGGGUGGGGUGGCGGUGUACGAGAGCCCCGACUUUGGCCUGGUGGACCGCAAGUCUGUCAAGCUGGACAGCGUGCAGAGCAUCGAGUGGUCGCCCGCCGGGCCGGUGCUGGCCGCCUACCAGGUGGAGGAGGGCAACAUGCCUGCGCGCAUCAUGCUCAUGCGCUUCCCCAAGAAGGAGGAGCUGAGGGCCAAGAACCUGCACUCCGUCGCCGGCGUGCAGCUGAGCUGGCACCCGCAGGGCGACUUCCUGGCGGUGGCGGUGGAGAAGUGGACCAAGAGCCACAAGUCCACCAACACCCACUUUGAGCUGUUCUCGCUGCGCGAGCGCGACACGCCCAUCGACAUGCUGGAGCUGCCCAACAAGGCGGAGAAGAUCCACGAGCUGGUCUGGGAGCCGCGCGGCGUGCGCUUCGCCAUCCUGCACGGCGACGGCUCGCGCCUCUCGGUCUCCAUCUACUCCAUGCGCGACGGCAAGCUGCCGGGCGCAAGGGGUGUCGCGCACCUGCACACCCUGGUCAACAAGCAGGCCUCCUCCCUGCACUGGAGCCCUGCGGGGCGAUUCCUGGUGCUGGCGGGGACCAAGCAAACCCAGAAUGGGCUCAUGGAGUUCUGGGACACGGAGGACAUGAGCCUGCUGUCUGCUGGCGAGCACUACAUGGCCACUGAGGUCCAGUGGGACCCCACAGGCCGCUACCUGACAACCGUGGUGAAUGCCCAGAACAGUACCGACAAUGGGUACUACAUCUGGUCCUUUGCCGGGCAGCUGCUCUACAAGGUUGAGAGGAAUCGCUUCUACCAGUUUCAGUGGAGGCCCCGCCCCCCGACGCUGCUGUUGGCGGAGAAGCAGAAGGCCAUCCUGAAGAACCUGAAGCACUACAGCAAGAAGUACGACGAGGAGGACGAGGCCAUUCUCAUGCAGGCGGACACCGAGUUCCUGGCCGCGCGCGAGAAGCAGAUGGAGGAGUGGCGCGAGUGGCAGGCCACCAAGGCUGAGUGGGCCGCGGAGCAGGCCGAGGCGAAGAAGGCGCUGCUUGGGGACAGGCUGCGCGACGGGGACUUCACCGUGCAGCUGGCGGAGGUCACGGUGGUGCUGGAGGUCAAGGAGGAGGCGGUGAAGCUGUGA